GCAGACGUGCAACUACGUGUAGUCACUCGUAAAUCGAAGACACAUAAUAAAAGUGAAUUGAAAACGCAAAUGCAAUAAAUAAGUUGCGAACUUUAAAUGCGAAAACGAAAGUGUAUUCAGUAAAGAAAGUAGUGAAAUAGGAGAAAUAGGAAAAGUGGAAAAGUGAUAUUGUUUGUUUUUCUUUAUGUGGAGAACUGUAAGAACUUGAAGAACUUUAUAUUUGACCAAGCAAUGCAGUGGAGUUGGUUUCGUGUGUAUGUCCUUGUGUCAGGACUUCUAGGGCUGCUGCCUUUAAGUUUUGGUUGGAAGCCCAUAGUUGGUGGUUCGUUUACAACCUCUUUCAAUCUGCAGCAAUCACAUCCUGGAUCGGCAACUAGCGCCAAAACGUUAACCCUUGGUGGCAAUUCCGCCGAAAGUGCGGAAUACUCGUCGUCGCCAUUGUUGCCACAGGAAUCCGCGAGCAAGGUGAUUACUGGUAUUAGUGAUGCCGUGGCAAUAUCGGCGCCUUUAGGGACUUUGCCUGGCGCACAUUCCGGACUGAAGUUCGAUACCGACGAAUUCGAGUAUGAACGCGAUUUAUUCGGUGGUGGCGACUACAAUCAGGAUCAGUGUGCGGUUAAAAAGUAUGCCUUCAAUCACGACGGUACCGUUGCUUACGAGAAUGAACUGCCAGAGUUGAAUCAAUUCACAAUCUGCUUCUGGUCGCGCUACACAAAUCACAGCGGGGAUCACGUGCUGUUAACUUAUUCGGUUAAGGAUGAACCGCGUGAGUUCCAAUUUUGGGUUUCGAACUCACAAAAUUCCAGUUUUAUUUCGAUGGCCAUAAAAGGUCAGCAGGUUUACAGGCUCAAUUAUCCAUUGCGUGUGCGCCAGUGGCAUCAUCAGUGUUCGUCUUGGAAUGGAAAGACAGGUGAAUGGCAGGUCUGGGUGAAGUCAGAGCGCGUCGGGCGUGGCUUUCACAAUGCGUUGGUUAGUCAUACAAUACCCGCGAAAGGCAAAUUGUUCUCGGGUGGAGUUUCGCCGACGGGUGAUUUGUCUCAGGGCCUGCACUUCGAAAUCACAUUGAUCCAGAUUUAUCAUAUAGCUCUUAGUGCGGGUAAGGCUCACCGCGACCACAAGCAUCACCAUGUUCAUCACUUCGAUCACGAGGGACUGGAGCUAUCAACAACAACAAGAGCUCCCCCGGCUAUAAAUCGGCCACUACCAAUGCAUAGCCUACUGGCUAGCGGACAGAUACCAACUCGCGUGCGUUUAAAUCUUGCACAACCACAGCAACAGCAAUUGUUGCUGCAGUCACAAUUAACACAGCCGGUGCAGCAGUUGGCGGGCAGUGAAAACACGAUCUUUCCAAUGUCCGACCAACAACAAGCCGUCACCAUCAACACCAAUUUUGUGAAUGGUCAAAUUAAUACCGGCUCACGGCUGGUAUCCCAACAACUAUUGGGACAUAUUGCGCAGCCGAAUGCGGCGUUGGCAGUGCGACCGAAGACCGUGCAAACCAGUUCAACGACGCGCGAAUAUAGUACGCUCAACAACCCGGCCAACGUGCAGUUUAUUGACGAAACGGAGACCCGCAUUUUCUUCAAGCGUCAGGCAAAAACCAACGAUACGGAAACUUCCUUUGGUCAAAAAGUGAUACGAAAGCGUGCUGCCGCUUUUGGGCAGACGCGACCGACAGCGCUGGCAGAGAAGAAUCUGCAGAAACGUGGUCUGGUAUUGCUUGAGGACGGAAGUGUAGUGGACGACCCGUUGGUCGGGAACAAUUUCAAGUAUGACGGCCUGGCCGAUUUUGGGGGGCAACAGUUCAAGCAGGAUUUGACUCAGAAAAUGAAUAUCGAAGCGGAGAUUCACGAACAUGAUCGCGAGCCAGCCGAGGAGGAAGUUAAGGCGGUAAUAGCGCUGUGUAGUGCUUGUGACUCGGAACCAUUUCAAGGAGCAAUCGUGUUUGCAUGGAAGGAUGCGAAGGAGCAAAUGAACAAUGCACUCAAGGGACUAAGUGUGGGCGGAUGUGGCAAUUUUUAGAUAGUAUGGCGCGUAAGAGGGACGGCACUAGUCAGCAGAGUGUUAUUUGAGCGCUAGAGGGAUUUGUGGCUGUUUCAUGUGUUGGCGCAUUUUCAAAACGCAUUUAAUUUUGAGCUUCGGCCUAUGCUGUCGGUAAUGCUUGCAUUCAUUAGCUUAAUUUUUAGAAAUUAUUUUUUUUACCGAACUUUAUGUAUAUAUGUAUGUUUGCCUAUGCCUAUUUAAAAUUAUUUUAUAUAA